GUCAUGUCAUCUCGUUCUCGGCACACUACCACCUCCACCUCCGGCGGGAGCAUCACCGUUUCAAUCAACGGAACGGAGAACUCUUGUGAAUGGGGAGAUGGAGUUUGCCAAGGAAGGAGAGGUUCUCCAGAGAGAAAAGGAAAGUCAUGGGAGUGCUCAAGGCAAAGAGAGAUGAUGUGCAAGGAAGGGUAGACAGAGAAGAGUUCACUGCGCGUCGUAGAAGGCUUUCCCAAAUCCAGGUAUGGCUUGUGAGUGUCCGAGCCAUUGAAAACCAAGUCAAUGAUCUCUUUAGUACUAGUGACGUUGAGCUUCAAAGGUUGUGUCUUGGUGGUGUUUGCUCUAAGGAUUUGAAACGGAGUUAUCGUUUUGGGAAAAGGGUUAGUGUAAUGUUGAGGGAGGUUGAGAGUAUUACUUCUCAAGGAGUAUUUGAUGGAAUUUACGGUUUCGUUUUUAGUCAGUCCUGACUCAGGAGGGCAGAUGCAUAAGCCAUAAGUAACUAUCGUUAUUCAAUCCGUUAGAUAAGGUUCUUGUGCUGCUUGGAAAUUUCCAAAGUGAAGUUGAUAUACGCAGGAAUACAAAUGGAGUUGCCAAGGAGUUUUGCUCUCUGAAUCUCUCUUUCCAGCAAUGGGAGGUUGUUGCUCGGUCUCGUUGCCAUGUGAUCAAGUCGUGAAUCAAGUCUCUCAAUGGUUAUCCCUCAGGGUAGAUUAUAUUCACAAGUUAGCUGGGAAUCUAGCCUCUCUUGAGAAAGCCAUGGUACUGCUCAAGGCAAAGCAAAAUGAUGUGGAAGGAAGGGUAGACAGAGAGGAGUUCACAGGGAGUCGUAAAAGGCUUUCUCAAGUCCAGGUAUGGCUUACGAAUGUCCUGACCGUCGAGAAAAAAUUCAGUGAUCUGCUUAGAACUAGGGAGAUUGGGCUUGAAAGGUUGUGUCUCUUUGGUUAUUGCUCUAAAAAUGUGAAAAUAAGCUAUGUUUAUGGGAAAAGUGUUGUCCUGAUGUUGAGGGAGAUUGAGAGUCUUAUUUCUCAAGGAGAAUUUGAUACGGUGACUGCUGCCACUUCGAUAGCUGAGAUUCAAGAGGUGCCUAUUCAACCUCCAAUCGUUGGUCAGGAAACAAUGCUCGAAAGGGUAUGCAACCGUCUCAUGGAAGACGGAGUCAAUGUUGUGGGUCUUUAUGGCAUGGGUGGAGUUGGCAAAACCACACUUCUCACACAAAUCAACAACAAGCUUCCUGAAAAAUGUAGCGGAUUUGGGAUUGUGAUAUGGGUUGGGGUGUCUAGAACUGCGGAGAUCCAUAGGAUUCAAGGAGAGAUCGGCAAAAGACUAGGCUUUGUGGCCGAAGAGUGGGAUAAUAAACAUGAAGACCAGAGAGCUCUUGACAUACACAAAGUUCUUCGGAGACAAAAAUUUGUGUUGUUGUUGGAUGACAUAUGGGAGAAAGUUGAUUUAAAAGCGCUCGGAGUCCCUUAUCCAAACAGACAAAAUGGAUGCAAAGUAGUCUUAGCCACUCGUUCUAGAGAUGUGUGUGGGCGUAUGGGGGAUGAUGACCCGAUGGAAGUCAGUUGUCUAGAUCCCCACGAAGCAUGGGAAUUGUUCCAAAUGAGAGUUGGAAAAAACACAUUGAAAUGCCAUCCAGACAUUCCUGAACUAGCAAGAAAAGUCGCUGGAAAAUGUCGUGGCCUACCUUUAGCACUUAGUGUCAUUGGCGAGACCAUGGCAUGCAAAAGGAUGGUACAAGAAUGGCGUAAUGCAGUUGACGUUUUGAGUUCAUAUGCUGCAGAAUUUUCUGGCAUGGAAGACCAAGUUCUUCCAGUUCUAAAGUAUAGCUAUGAUAAUAUUAACAAGGAGCAUGUGCAAUCAUGUUUCCUAUAUUGCUCUCUGUUUCCUGAAGAUUAUCGUAUGGAGAAAGAGAGGUUGAUAGACUAUUGGAUAUGUGAGGGAUUCAUAGAUGAAAAUGAAAGUAGAGAAAGAGAACUAAGACAAGGUUAUGAGAUCAUUGGUAUCCUUGUCCGUGCAUGUUUGUUGUUGGAGGAAGCAAUCAAUAAAGAACAAGUGAAAAUGCAUGAUGUGGUUAGGGAGAUGGCUCUAUGGAUAGCAUCUGAUCUUGGGGAACAUAAAGAACAAUGUAUUGUGCAAGCAGGUGUUGGGUUGCGAGAAGUACCCAAAGUCAAGAACUGGAGUUCUGUGAGAAAGAUGUCGCUGAUGGAAAAUGAGAUUGAGACGAUAUCUGGCAGUCCUGAAUGUCCGGAACUUACAACUCUGUUCCUUCAGAAAAACGAUUCAUUGCUAUAUAUCUCUGAUGAAUUCUUCCGGUGUAUGCCAAUGCUAGUGGUUUUGGAUCUAUCAGGAAAUUCACGGCUCCGGGAAUUGCCAGAAGAAAUAUCUAAGUUGGUCUCCUUGCGCUAUCUUGACUUGUCAUGGACAUACAUGAAGCGGCUACCUGUUGGUUUACAAGAGUUGAAAAAGCUCAGAUAUUUGAGAUUGGAUUACAUGAAGAGACUUAAGAGUAUUUCAGGGAUAUCAAGUUUGUCAAGUUUGAGGAAAUUGCAGCUUUUACAGUCUAAAAUGUCGCUAGACAUGAGCUUAGUGGAGGAGUUGCAGCUCUUGGAACACUUAGAAGUUGUAAACACAAGUAUCAAGUCGAGCUUGGUUGGGGAGAAGUUAGUAAAUGCUCCCAGAUUGGUUCAAUGUCUUCAAAUUGUAGUACUUAGAGGGCUUCAGGAAGAAUCAUCCGGAGUAUUGACUUUGCCAGCUAUGGAUAAUCUCCGUAAAGUCAUCUUAAGGAAGUGUGGAAUGUGGGAGAUAAAGAUAGAGAGGACAACAUUAUCAUGGAACAGAAGUCCCACAGCUCGAUGCUUUUCAAACCUCUCUACUGUGCAUAUAAGUAGCUGCAAUGGUCUGAAAGAUUUGACGUGGUUGUUGUUCGCUCCUAACCUCACUAGUCUCGAGGUUCUGGACUCAGGACUAGUAGAAGGAAUAAUAAGCCAAGAGAAAGCUAUGACUAUGAGUUUUACCAUUCCUUUUCAGAAAUUAGAGAGUCUGCGCCUACACAAUUUAGCGAUGUUGAGGAACAUCUACUGGGAGCCUCUGCCUUUUCCAUGUCUAAAGACAAUCCACGUAACGCAGUGUCCUGAGCUAAGAAAGCUUCCGUUGGAUUCUAAAAGUGUCAUGAGGGUCGAAGAACUUGUCAUUAAAUACCAAGAGGAAGAAUGGUAUGAACGUGUUGAAUGGGACGAUGAAGGCACUAGACUCCGUUUCUUACCUUCCUUCAAGUUCUUUGGACCUGAAUGGCAAGUUAUGUAUGUGCGGUAGCGGUUUUAAUGAAUGAUUCAAAUUUUGUGAUUGACAAAGUUGUUUUGAUAAACGAGUGUAGUUAGGCAUUUGCUCUCUAAUGGAUUAUGUCCAAUAAAAUUCAUUGUAAUGUAAAGCAACGCAAAUUUAACUUCAUUGUAUAAAAAAUGAAGGAUCGCAGUAGA